UGCAGCAUCUGUGCCAUGUGCAUUAGACUCGUUCUGGGAAAUUUUGCCCAGCAUUUCUACCCAGAAUGCAUCUGGAGCCCAUUACAGUUUCCUGUGGGGGACGCCGCCAUCGCAUCUGCAGGUCACAGCAGCGCGGCUCCGAUCUCCGGCGCAGGCCUCACCUCUCCCCUGACGUCCCUCUUUUUCUGGCCCCGCAGAAACGGCAAGAUCCUGGUGACGCUGGUGGAGGUGGCUCUUCCACUCCUCUUUUCUGCCAUCCUCAUCGUGCUCCGCCAGAAAGUGCCCUCGACCGGCUACCCCAACGGCACGCAUUACGAGAGCUUCUCCGUCCGCCUGCCCUUCCCGCUCUCCGUCGGGAGGUUCCAGUUCGCCUUCGUCCCUGGGAACUCCAGCGUGGUGCGGCAGGUGGCUGAAGACGUGCAGAGGAGCCUGGGUCCAAUGAGCAUCCGCUCAGUGCGAGGCUUUGAGACGGAAGAGCUCUUUGAGGAGUUUGUGAAGACGGACCCGGAUUCCGGCUCGGUUCUGGCAGCCGUGAUCUUCACACAUACCUUCUCCCAUGAGGACGAGGCCCUGCCUCUCCAGGUCGAUUAUCACCUUCGCUUCAAAUACAGCCCCCGCAACGCCCCUGCCCGCGAGAAGGUGGAGCUAAACCCAAACAGCGACCUGGACUGGCACACCCUCAGCCUCUUCCCGCUGUUCCAGCUGCCCGGCCCCCGCGAGCAGUAUGACGCCCACGGGGGCACGCCAGGGUACUACAGGGAGGGCUUCCUGGCGGUGCAGCAUGCGGUGGACCGGGCCAUCAUGCGGGCGUACAACAGGACGGCGGCGGACGCCCUGCUGCUCCGGACCAGUGUCUUCCUGUCCCGCUUCCCCUUCCCACCUUUCAUCUACGACGUCUUCAUCCUGGCCAUCCAGAACCAGCUUCCCCUACUGCUGGUGCUCAGCUUCACCUACACCUCCCUGAACAUCGUCCGCGCCGUGGUGCAGGAGAAGGAGAAAGAGCUCAAGGAAUACAUGAGGAUGAUGGGCUUGAGCAAUGGCCUUCAUUGGGCCGCCUGGUUCCUCAUGUUCUUCCUCUUCCUCGCCAUCUCUAUCUUCUUCGUCACGCUGAUCUUCUGUGUCAAGGUCAGCCCCAAUGGUGCGGUGUUGAGUUACAGUGACCCCACCUUGGUCUUCGUCUUCCUGCUGUUUUUCGCCGUGGCCACCAUCAGCUUCAGCUUCAUGAUCAGUGUGUUCUUCUCCAGAGCCAAUGUGGCGGCGGCUGCUGGUGGCUUCAUCUACUUCCUGAGCUACAUCCCCUAUGUGUUCCUGUCGCCACGCUACGACCUUUUGACCCACCCGCAGAAGGUCUCCGCCUGCCUCGUCUCCAACGUCGCCAUGGCGAUGGGUGCCCAGCUGGUGGGCAUGUUUGAGGGCAAAGGGACUGGCAUCCAGUGGAGUAACCUCUUUGAGCCGGUGACGGUAGACGACGACUUCUCGCUGGCCCAGGUGCUGGGCAUGCUGCUGCUGGACGCGCUGCUGUAUGGCCUGGUGGCCUGGUACGUGGAGGCCGUCUUCCCUGGGGAGUACGGCGUGCCGCUGCCCUGCUACUUCUUCCUGCUGCCCUCCUAUUGGUUCGGCAGCCCUCGUCUGGCCUCAGUGAAGGAGAAGGAGGAAGAGGAGGAUGCAGAGAAGGCAGUGAAGGGCGAGUUCAUCGAGGAGGAGCCGUCGGGGCUGGUGUCCGGGAUCAAGAUCAAGCGCCUGUCUAAGGUGUUCAAAGCGGGCAACAAAACUCGGGAGGCAGUGAGGGACCUGACCCUGAACAUGUUCGAGGGACAGAUCAGCGUUCUGCUGGGCCACAACGGGGCUGGCAAGACGACCACCCUGUCCAUGCUGACUGGCCUCUUUCCCCCCACCAGGGGGCGCGCCUACAUCAAUGGCUAUGACAUCUGCCAGGACAUGGCGCUGGUACGCCGCAGCCUGGGUCUGUGCCCGCAGCAUGACGUGCUUUUCGACAACCUCACCGUGGAGGAGCACCUGCUCUUCUAUGCCCAGCUGAAGGGCUACCCCCGUCAGAACGUCCCCGAGGAGGUGGACCGGACUAUCCGCAUACUGAACCUGGAGGACAAGCGGCACGCCCGCUCCAAGACGCUCUCUGGGGGGAUGAAGCGCAAGCUGUCCAUCGGCAUCGCCCUCAUCGGCGAUUCCAAGGUGGUGAUGUUGGAUGAGCCCACGUCGGGCAUGGACCCCUCGGCACGGCGGGCCACGUGGGACCUGCUGCAGGGCCAGAAGCGCGGCCGCACCAUCCUGCUGACCACCCACUUCAUGGACGAGGCCGACCUGUUGGGCGACCGCAUCGCCAUCAUGGCCAACGGGGAGCUGCAGUGCUGCGGAUCGCCGCUGUUCCUCAAGAACAAAUAUGGUGCUGGCUACCACAUGGUGAUUGUAAAGGGUGAGAUGUGCAACGUAUCGGAGAUCAGCCAGCUGGUCCACAUGUACGUGCCCAACGCCACGCUGGAGAGCAGUGCAGGUGCAGAGCUCUCCUAUAUCUUACCCAAGGAGAGCACCAGCCGGUUUGAGCUGCUGUUUGCAGAGCUGGAGAUGAACCGAGAGGAGCUGGGCAUCGCCAGCUAUGGAGCCUCUGUCACCACCAUGGAAGAGGUUUUCCUCAGGGUGGGGAAGCUGGUGGAUUCCAGCCUCGACAUCGAGGCCAUUCAGCUGCCGCCACUGCAGUACCAACACGAGCGCAGGUCACAUGACUGGUCCAUGGACGAUGGCAGCAGCAUCAGCAGCAUCACGGACGUGACGGACUUCACCGACAGUGGGACUCUCAUCCUGGAGGACUGCUCCAACAUCAAGCUCAAUGCGGGGGUGAGGCUGUACCUGCAGCAGUUUUACGCCAUGUUCCUGAAGAGGGCGCUGUACACCUGGCGGAACUGGAAGGUGAUCGUGGCGCAGUUCCUGGUGCCGCUGGUGUUCACCGUGCUGGCGCUGGUGGUGGCACACUCCCUCCCGGGCCACGGCGACUCGGCCCCGCUGGACCUGGCGCUGAGCCGCUACGGACCCACCGUCGUGCCCGUGGCCGGGGCCAACUUGGACCCCGUGGCGGCCAGCAUGGCCGCGAUGUACGGCGGGCAGGUGGCGGAGCAGGAGGGCCGCGCCGAGGACGUCUCCGACCUCCCCGAGUUUGUGCUCCGUCGGGCUGAAGAUGAGGGCGGAGCUUUUAACGAGCACUGCGUGGUGGGCGUGUCCUUCCAUAACUACCUGCAGAGCUUUGUGGAGGCUACAGCCUACUUCAACAACCAGGGAUACCACACCCCGGCCACGGCUCUGCUGCUGCUGGACAGCGCCCUCUACAGGCUGCUGGCGGGGCCCAAUGCCUCCAUCCAUGCAUCAAACUACCCAAUGCCACGCAACAUCUCAGAGACGGCGCAGAGCCAGCUGACAGAGGGUCAGACGGGCUUUGCCAUCGCCAUUAACCUGAUGUACGGCAUGGCCUCCCUGUCCAGCACCUUCGCUCUGCUCCUGGUCACCGAACGCUCCAUCAAGUCCAAGCACGUCCAGCAAGUCAGCGGCGUCUACCUGUCCAAUUUCUGGUUCUCUGCACUCCUCUGGGACCUGAUCAACUUCAUGCUGCCCUGCGUUCUGAUGCUGGUGGUGUUCUGGGCCUUUGGGGUGCACGCCUUCACCAGGGACAGCCACCUGGUGGACGUGCUGCUGAUGCUGCUGCUGUACGGCUGGGCCGUGGUGCCUCUCAUGUACCUGCUGAGCUUCCUGUUCUCCACCGCGGCCACAGCCUACACCCGCCUCACAGUCUUCAACAUGGUCAGCGGCACCGCCUCCUUCCUCGCCGUCACCAUCAUGACCAUCCCCGAGCUGCACCUGGAACACCUCUCUCGGGUUCUGGACAAGGUCUUCCUCUUAUUCCCAAACUACUGCCUGGGGAUGUCCUUCAGCCAGUUCUACCAGAACUACGAGGUCAUCAGCUUCUGCACUUCCAGCCCCAUCGCCGAGUCCUUCUGCAAGGUCUUCAACCUCACGUAUCAGGAAAACUACUUCUCCAUGUCGGAGCCCGGGAUCGGCCGCUUCCUCGUGGCCAUGUCUGUUCAGGGCAUGGUCUUCAUCACACUGCUCUUCGUCAUCGAGCUGCAGUGCAUUCGCACGCUGCGCCGCCUGCUCGGCGCCCUCUGCAGGAGGCGGCAGAAGAUGCUGCUGCUGGGGGCACCCUCACUCCAGCCGGAGGACCGAGACGUGGCGGAGGAGCGCAAGCGGGUGCUGGAGUGCCAGCCGGCCGUGGAGUCAAUGGUGGGCAGCCCACUGGUCCUGCAGGAGCUGACCAAGGUGUACGGCAGUGGAGCCGCCCUACUGGCCGUGGACAGGCUAUCUCUGGCUGUGGGCAAAGGCGAGUGCUUUGGCCUGCUGGGAUUCAACGGGGCUGGGAAGACCACUACCUUCAAGAUGCUGACGGGAGAUGAGACGGUGACUGCAGGGGACGCCUACAUCGACGGCUACAGCGUCCUGAGGGACAUCAAGAAGGUACAGCAGCGCAUUGGCUACUGUCCGCAGUUCGACGCGCUCCUGGACCACAUGACCGGCCGCGAGACGCUGUGCAUGUAUGCGCGGCUGCGCGGCAUCCCCGAGCGCUACGUGGCAGCCUGCGUGGAGAAUGUGCUGCGCUCGUUGCUGUUGGAGCCACACGCCGACAAGCUGGUGCGCAGCUACAGUGGGGGCAACAAGAGGAAGUUGAGUGCAGGCAUGGCGCUGAUUGGAGGCCCCCCCGUCAUCUUCCUGGACGAGCCGUCCACGGGCAUGGACCCGGUGGCCCGCCGGCUGCUGUGGGACGCGGUGAGCCGAACCAGGGAGCUGGGCAAGGCCAUCAUCAUCACCUCGCACAGCAUGGAGGAGUGCGAGGCCCUGUGCACCAGGCUAGCAGUCAUGGUCAAUGGCCAGUUCAAGUGCCUCGGCAGCCCGCAGCACCUGAAGAGCAAGUUUGGCAGCGGCUACACGCUGCUGGCGAAGGUCCGCCUGGAGGAGGAGGAGAUGGACCUGCAGCUCUUCAAGGACUUCAUCGAGAGCACUUUCCCCGGCAGCAUGCUGAAGGAUGAGCACCAGGGCAUGGUGCACUACCACCUGACCGACAAGACCCUCACCUGGGCGCAGGUUUUUGGCACCCUGGAAGCAGCCAAAGAGAAAUACAGGUUGGAGGAUUACUGCGUGAGUCAGAUAUCCCUGGAGCAGGUCUUCCUGAGCUUCGCCCAGUUCCAGCACUGCGCUGAGGGCAACCGGAAAUGAGGCAGAGCCCCGCCCCCUUUCCUCCACUGCAGGCCCUGUCACAGCAUGCCAGGCAGUUAGAACAGCCCCGGGCUCCUCUGUCCUCACACAUGUGGCUGCAGUUAUAAAUGCAGACACACACAUACACAAACACACACACACUGACAUAUUGCACCGAAAUGUGCAGGCCUUCAGGGCUGCGUCGUCCCAUACCAGGGGCAGCGUCCACACUACACAGGGUGACUGUUUCUCUGCCGCGGCCUCUGGGACCGACCCAGCAAGACGUCUGGCUCCUAGCCGUAACUCAGCGCUGGUUUGUCUGAUCUCUGUGACUGUUUUGAGGCCAAACGAGGAAGCCUUUCUCUUUUCCGGAUUUACGAAGCGCUUGUUUCAAAGACCUUGUUUACCACUGGAUGUGAGGAGCAGAAUGCAUAUUAUAGCUUGCGUUUGCGUGUGUCAGAGCGAGAGAGAAGCAGAGAACUCGCAUUAGUUUUUGUGCUUUUGGUUUAUUUGUCAGUCAUUUCCAGAGGCUUCUUACUACGAUCUUAACAGUAAGGAGAUGUGCAAGUCACUACCUUUAGCUGUCUGUAAACAUUCACAUGCCACGUGAUGUUUGAUACAUAACGUGCAUGUUUUUUUUUGGGUUUUUUUUUUUAUAUAAUGUUUUUUUUUUUUAUCAAGUUGGCCAUAAGUCCAUCCUUAACCAUGCUCCACUUCGGUCUUUCUGAUCACCCAGUGGAUAUCCUGCCCAAAGCGAAUCUAUCAGGCUGUAAAUACCUCUGUAGUUUGUAAAUAUUACGAAGAACUGUAGCUCUUCCCACCCAGUAGUAGUUAUUGGGAGGGAAUAGAGGGACCUGCAUGUCAGGGAUUCUUUGAAACCGCAUUCGUUACCGUAUCCUUGCUUCCAAAAUAGACCCUUAGACGUCUGAAUCAAGGACCGGCUCCACCCUAUCAUCACCGGUACAAGGAGGUGCAUCGCAGGGCCCAGUGGCCUGCAGGAGAGCCAUGAAACCGUGGCGAUAUUCAAGCCUCCGAUUGGUGCACAAGUCCUCCUGGUGCAGGUUCUAGUAAACAGUGAUGACACAUGUCCGUGAGAGGUGUUCUCCACUGCACUGUGGACACCCUUCUGUAGUCGCUUUAUAAUUGCGUAUAAAUAUACGUUUUCUGGCAACUCAAUGAUAUUUAUACAAGAGGCAUUCAUCUGAGCACCCAGUCAAGUCUUUUUGUUUGUUUUGUUCGUUUGUUUUUAUCAGUGGACCAUACUGUAGUAGUUUUGUUUUCGGCACUACUCCACGGGUCUGUGUUUACUUAUACUCAUGGACGUUGUUUGUGUGCCGAGCGACUGCCAUGCCAAAUCUCCUCCACCAUACACAUCCUUCCUCCUGUCAGCUGUUUGGAGACGUACGGUUGUAUCAUUGGCCAGUUAACCAGCGACGUGUCACAAAUUCACCCUCUAUGGUGGCAGACGCAAGCGUUUACAUGAAUGAAAUACGCCGGCGAAUGGUUUAAACAAGGUGUGUUUUCAUUAUUAGAAAAAAUCAUUUACAUUUAGCUUGAUAAUAUAACUGACAUGUUUUUUUAGAUUAUUAAUGUGUAUUUAGCUCAAUAGCAGCAGCCAGUGUUUACAUUAAUAAAAUACAUUGAUAAAUGUUUAAUAUACUUAGGUAUCCCCGUAAUAUACAGUAAUAUACAGUAAUAUACAGUAUCCCCGUGUAAUAUACUUAGGUUUAUAAUUGAAUGCAUAGUGGUAAAGCAAAAUCCCUCGUACAAUUGAUUUUUAAAGGUGAUAGUCAUCAAAUUCAUGCCAGUUCAGCAAAUGUGUUGCUAUAAAGCUAAACAUACAGUAAUAUUGAAUGACACGUUGCUAUGGAGAGAGGUAAGGAAGGAGCAUGCGCUGAUUACCUACCAUACUUCAGCAAAACGUAUCAGUGAAUCAAUUUUUGAACUAAACAUACAGCUGUAAUUGAUCAGGCAGCUGAACGACACCUCACAGGAGGAAGGAAUUUGGUUGGCAGAAGGAAUAUCACAUGACAGGUCCAUGUUUCACUAUUGGUUACCCAAAACACCCAGUAACACUAUGUAUAUGUACCUAGUUAUCAUCUGACAAUUGCAUGUUGGUGAGAAAUUGCUACUCUGUCCUCUCCAUCUUCAUUUCACUACUGUUUGGUUUAACCUUUUGAAAAUAUGUAAUUUAUAUUUGAGUUGGAAGCUACUGAGGUCCUACCAAGUCAGGCAAGGUUUGCUGUGUAUGGCUUUGUCUGUUACCCGCACUGGACUGAGUGACUGGUCCCUUAUGCCCCAGUGGAGCAAAUCCGUCACGAUAAAAACACUUCAUCCAUAAAACGGGCUCUGGGGGGGGGGGGGGGGGGCUGCAUUAUCUUUGCUUUACCCGGUCGUCCAGAUCUUCCAGCUUUAAACCCUGGUUGUUCUGACUGAUUACGGUGGUUUACGCAACGUAAAGCCGUCGGCGUCAGACCCAGUACCCCCGCAUUCCGCCUUGCAUUCAAAAAGCAUUAUCCACGGUCUGUCAGAAGUAUGUUUCUGGUAUGUGUUUGCCUUCGCAGGGUAGGACGCUCUACCUGUGAUCAGAAGGUCGCCUGUUUAAAUCCCGUGGCUAACUGAGUGAUGUCACUGUUGGGCCCUUGAGCGAGGCCCUUAACCCCCAUUUGCACAGGGUUACUGGUUGACCCUCCUUCCUCAAUUGUAUCUCACUUUGGAUAACAGCUUCCACUAAAUAAAUGUAAAGCUCCAUCCCAAGUGGCUGUAAUGCUGUCACACUCUUCCUGCGAUUUUUUUUUUUUUUUCUUUUCUUUUCUUUUCUUUUUUUAAUAUGCCAUGGGAAGUGAGUUUGUUCCAGGAUCACAGUCACCCGCAAGCCCUGAUCUCAGAACAGUACUACAAUGUUUUGGACACUAACACUUUUUAAAUUUUCUUAUCAUAAUAAUAACUCAUUUUAAUACUGCACCACUGGACCCUGCAUUUCCUUACUGACUGCACCCAGCAUGUCUUCACACCAAAUAUCACAUCACUGCACAGUGAGGGUGAACCGUCUUUCUCGCUGAACCCCCAUGUCGUCCAAAAUGAGUCGACCGUGUCCGCAGGCGGCCUACCUGGCUGGCAUUCUGUACGUGGGCGGGCCCGCAGGGUGGGGGGGGUGUCUUGCUUGAGGACCUUCGUGCGUUCUCCACAUUCACUGACGUGUCCCUGAGGAAGCUGUGGGACUUCAGACGAAGCUGAGCGGUCAGCAUCCCCUCACACUCUGGUUACUGGGCUUCAGAUAUGGUGCUUUUAUCCUUCGGGACUUUGGUUUCGUUUGUUUAGCAGAACUUACCUUAAAAAAAAAAAAAAAAAACUUAACUUUUGAUGGCUGUAAUGGAAAAAAACUGCAAACUGGUACCAUACUGAAAAAGGGAACUAACAUUAUUGUGAUCUAACUUACUAGAUACAUGUUGUCUACAAUGAAUGUAUUGCUAUUAUUUUUUAAAAUAAACCUGCUUUGUGUAAAGGGAA